UAGUCUAAUUCGAAACUCCACCCCUGGCAGUUCCACAUGUUGCCAGUGAGAAAAGAGAAAUAGUUUGUUACCAGACUCAAAGUACUGAAGACAACAUCAACUCUGGUGUAUGAAACAAUAACAUCUUCAAGAAGAUGAGGCCUCUGGUCACGCCCUUACAGCUUGGGAACCGCAGCAAUGACUCUGUAUCUUGCCAUGGGGAGAACCAGCACGUGUCCAUUACUGUCCUCCUGUGCCUCGUCUUCUUCCUGGGCUUCCUCCUCAACACAUUCAGCCUCUGGGUUUUCUGCCGCCGGUUGCCCAGCUGGACCUCUGGAACCACGCUGCAGUUCCACCUGGCUCUCAGUGACGCCAUCGCGACCCCGGUCACUCCCAUGAUGGCAGUAUACUUUUCCAUGGGUAAUGACUGGCCCUUCGGUCAGUUCCUGUGCCAGGUCAAGAUUGCCCUGCUUAGUUCACAUUUCUAUGGCAGCACCAUAUUCCUCACUCUCAUCAGCAUCCAUCGGUACACAGCUGUGGUGCACUUCAACAAAAGCUCCUGUAUGAAAAGGAAGGACUUUGUUAGAAAGCUGUGUGCAGGAGUUUGGUCUCUGCUGCUGAUCCAGAGUCUGAUCUAUGCGUUCAUGCUUCCUCCCAGUAAAGAGGGAGGUAACAGUCAAUGCCUCUCCAUCCAUCAGAAGAACCUAACAGACACCUACUUUGUCAUUAACUUCAUUCUGUUUAUCUUUGGGUUCUUACUCCCUUUCCUUGUGUCUGCUGUUUGCUAUAGCCGUGUGGCGAACACCUUAACUCGCCUCAACAUCAGCACAGCUAAAGGUCUGAAAGUCAAGGUGAAAUCUCAGAGAAUGAUCGGUGUGUGUCUGGUGAUAUUUGGGCUGUGUUUGCUGCCUCUCAAUGUGAUACGAACUGUGGGAGUGGUGCUAAAAAAAUACUACCCACAACAAUGCUAUGUUCUUCAGCAGAUAGAGACAGCAUAUUAUGCAUCCUGGAUUUUAGCAGGAGUGAACAGCUGCUUGGAUCCACUGCUGUACUGUUUUGGUUCUCAAAAUUUUCGAAAUGCCUUCGGGUCUUUCAGGAUUGCACAGGUGGAUGUUCCAAACAGAAGUGAUUCAGAGAUGACUGCAAAUCAGUAACAUGAAGUGAGGCACUGCAUUUUAGGGGAUACCCCUGGCCACUGUCUGGCUACCUUACUUACCCCUCAUAACACCACAGGCAGUUCUAGUUUUUUCUGGAAGGGUCUGUAAACAUUGCAGCUACAAUGUAUUUGAUAAGAGUGAGAGUGAGUUACUGUCUGCACAUAAGCAAACGGUCAGGGCUUAUUUUAGAUGUACACUUUCUGAGCACAGGUAAAAAUCAUAAUCUAACUGCAUGAUCAUAAUCUAAGCGUGUGCAUGCAGAAAAAACAAGACGAGAGUACUGGCCUCAGUCUGGACACCCCUAUGAAAAUUGUCUGGCUCCGCCACUGUUACUGGUGGUUUAGUUCAGGACUGCUUCUCACAGCCUGCUGCUUAUAGCUUCAUAUUUUUUCUCAAAAGACAUGUCUCAUCUCACUCUCUGCAACAGCACAAAUAAGCUGAUUUUCCAAAAUGUCUGAUUAUUUCUUUAAAUCCUGAACCAUCUUUAACCCUCAUGUUGUGUUCUGGUCAAGUUUAAAAGUUUUAUCUUUGAAAAAUGUAGUUAAUUUGUUCAGAUUGAUACUAAUAUUCCAUG